UACAAAAUUAUAUGUUUUCAAUAAAAAUAUAACUACGUUUACCGAGUGCGUAGUCUGGUUUCGAAGCUUAAAGAUUUAGUUCAAUAGUUAACUUCACUUGGAGCGGACGACGUAUUUUUGCUUUGAUUUGCAACUUACGAAAUAUUUCGCAGCGAAUAAGGUGCAUAUAAUGGGUAGAAUUGAACAGUGGUUUUUAUGUGGAGUCCUCAUAUUCAUGUAUUUCAUGUUAAGUGGGAAGAGAGCGACCGAGAAGAAGAUUGUCACAGAUAUCAAAAUAAAUGAAUACUUGGUACCAGCCGACGUUUUAAGAGACUUUCCGGAAAGAUGCUUUGCCGCACACCAUUGCAAAUUGUUUAAAGUUGGAGAAAGCUGGGACUUAAAAACAACAUGUGGUCGGUCAACAUGUGUUCGAGAUAAAAUUAACUCAAACAAGCUUUUCGAAAAAGUGGAAAUUUGUGAACCAUUGCCACCAAAUACAGCAGAAUGUACAAUAUAUGUUCCUGAAACCGACAUAUCAGCAUCGUUUCCGUGUUGUUGUCCUAAAUUUUUUUGCAAUGUCAAUGAUAACUGGAACUAUCAAGAUGAAAGAGAAAAGAAGGAAGGAGAACGGAAAGAUGUUGAGAAGGAUAAAAAAGAAAGAAAAGAAAAACAAAAGAUUGAGCUUUAA